AUGCCAGUUCGAGCUCCAAACGAGCCUGAUCCGCAAGAACACGAAGUGGUGUGGACAUGCGCCAACAUCGGGAAGGUCCGGUGCGACGAGCAGCUGCACGAAGAGGCAGAGCGCGCUGCCUUCCACGUGAAGUGCAAGCGGACCUCGACGGCGGCGUCGAGGCGCGCAAGAAGACCACGCAUCCGGCCAUCGACCUCUUUGCGCCCGACGCGACUCGAGGAGCAACGCCACUUCCACAAGGCCAGCGACAUGCCGGACGAUCAAGCUCCACGACUCGGCAAGCGCAAGAAGACGCGGUCACGCAUUAUUCUGGCUCCGUCACUCCGGCGACUGCAGCCACUUGGAGAAAGGCACCGCGCUCCUCGCGUAUUGUGUCGUCCCGCGAAAUGCGCGUCUCCUGCGCUGGCUUGGCACGAAUAA